CGCCGGGGGCGGCCGUUGUCAUGGAGGCGGCGGACGAGUGGCUGGUGCAGUCGCUGCGACUGUACCGCGACCUGCACACCUUCGAGCUCCAGGCGCCCACCCGCCUCAUCGAAUGGGCCUGCGGGAACCGUGUCUGUGUAGCUGGGUAUGGACAGUCUGAUGGGAACGAGAUCCUGCAGCUGAUCCCACCACCAACACUGCUGACAAAGGAGACCCAGGGCCUGUGUCCAGAGAGAGAUUUCAAGGUAGAAUGUGGUGGAUUUUCAGAGCGCCCAGUGUACAGCCUGAAGUAUGUGCCGGACACCAGCUUGCUGGUAACAAGUGGCCCACCCGACAGCUCCCUCCAGGUCUGGCAGGUGUCAGCAGAGGACUCAGAUGUCAUUAAAUCUGUAAGCACUUUAGCAACAGAAAAUGGCACUGGGCAAUCCUGGGCUAAAAUUGCCACCAUUUCAGCCAGAGCCCCAUGGGUCCUUCAUGGCUCAAGACUUGACAGAGUCCAAAUUACAGAGGUUGAAUCAAGGAAAAAUGUCUACACAGCAGCUUUCAGAGGCAGUGAGGAGCUCAGCAGCUUGGCCUUCCUGGACUGCAACACGCUGCUUCUGUGCUGCGCCAUCGGCCGGCUGUGCCUGGCCGACAUCCGGCAGCCACACAGCCUCAUGGAGGCCAUGUCAGUGCCCUCGGCGCCCUGCAGCGAGCAGUGGUGCAUGGGCACCAGGCUUGGAGCUCAGGGCUUGGAGCCGAGCUCCCAGCCCGUGGCUCGCCUCUCGAGCAGGGGGCUCCUAACGCUCACAGACCUCAGGAAAACCUCUGAGUUCUUGGCCUUGGCAAAGGUCAGAGUCCCCUCUCCUGGCUCAGGUGCAGAGUUCCUGUGUGUCUCCUGGGCUCCUGCUCUGGAAGGCUACCUUGCCCUUUCAGGUUUUGAUGGCACCGUGCAUGUGUAUGACACGCAGAGCUGGGACAGCUCUGGCAGGGAAGCAGAGCCCAUCUUCAUUCACAAAGGCCACGCAUUUGGUGGAGCAGGUGGCAGCGAGGACCUUCCCCUGGUCACUGUGCACACAUGGCAUCUGCAGAAACCCAGAACUUUGUUGUCAGCAGCAAGUGAUGGUUCCUUGCAUGUCUGGGACUGGGUUCAGCCCUGUGGGAAGUGUGGGUAGGUGGUGUUUUGGUGAGUUGGGGCAUUUCCUGCUUCUGCUCUAGUUUGUGUGGGCUGCAGGGUGUGUGUUUGCCUGCAGAUACUGUUGAGAGACUGUUGCAGUGAGCAGAACAACUGUAAAAUUUCUAUUUUAAUAAUAGUAAAAAUUUUGGCUAUGUUA